CAGGAUCGUAGAUAUCCAUGAGGUGACGGUGAAGCUGUUGGGUUAGCUGUCUGUCUGUAACCUGUCUGUGUGUAACCUGUCUGUCUGUAACCUGUCUGUCUGUCAGGAUGUGGACAGUAUCUUCAGCAGGAUCGUAGAUAUCCAUGAGGUGACGGUGAAGCUGUUGGGUCUGAUCGAGGACACGGUGGAGAUGACGGACGAAGGGAGUCCUCAUCCUCUGGUGGGGAGCUGCUUCGAGGACCUGGCAGAGGAGUUGGCCUUUGACCCCUAUGAGACGUACGCUCAGGACACCCUCCGCUCUGGUUUCCAUGAACACUUCCUGAGUCAGGUGUCCAAACCGGGAGCUGCCUUCCACCUGCAGUCUAUCUGUGAAGGUUUUAAAGAAGCUGUUCAGUACGUUCUGCCCAGACUGCUGCUCACUCCUGUUUACCACUGUCUGCACCUCUUCGAGAUCCUCAAGCAACUGGAGGAGAAGAGUGAGGAUGAGGAGGACAAAGAGUGUCUGAAACAGGCCAUCACCGCUCUGCUCAACCUGCAGAGCAGCAUAGAGAGGAUCUGCUCCCGCAGCCUGGCCAAGAGGAGGCUCAGGCGCAACCGCUUCCAAAUGCAAGACAAUCACCGCGACUUAGCGUGUGGUAGUAGCGCCUCCCGGUUCCGUAAGAAAUACUCAG